GCAAUCGACAGAGGGGAGUGGAAAGGAAGCAGCACAACAGCCUGAAUAGAGGGGUGUGCUGAAUAAGAUUCUGACAGGAGGAGAGAUCUGACAGGAGGAGAAACACAUCAGGAAAAAGAAGAAGACACUGGACUGGAAAUGAAAAAGUAAAAAGAGAGAGAGCGUCAGAUAGUUGAACACCAGAUGGAAGUGUUUUUCUUUCUUGGAGGAGCUGUAAGUUUGGUGUGUGUGUGUGUGUGUGUAGAAACUAUAUUGAUGGAAACGGAACACCUGUUAUUCUGAGUUGAUGGGGCAUUAACAGAUUCAGCUUGCGUGUUUUGGACUGUCUCUGCAGCAUUUUGCCUACCUGCACGGGGUUUGACCUUCCUCAGUCAGCAAGCAGAGUUUGACUGCAGAGAGAAAAAGAGCGAGAAAGGAGGAGAGGUGGAGAGAGGGAGUGUCUACUGGAAGACAGGCAGAGGGAGAGAGAGCGUGUUGAAGGGGAGUUGUUGCAUUCUGAUUAGCGUGCCUGUACAGUCUGCACUGUCCUCCCGAUGUGAGACCUGUUCUCUACUACAUGGGACUGUCCUGGAGAUACAGAGACAGCCUGAAGAUUGGAUUUUGCCCUUAAACAGCUACAACUCCUGAAGCCUGAGUCCCACCCAGACCCAACCCAGACUGGACUCAAGUGAUUUUCACUCCUCGAAAAGGCCCAGAUUUCCUUUCCGGCUCUUUCAGAAAUGUCGCUUUGAAUUUUUAAUCGCACUUCUAACUGUAGUGUUUUGAAUCCUCUGGAACAAUGGAUAUGUCCGGCACCCCCCAAGGGUGCACUGCACCGGCUCCCAGAGGUGGAGACUCAAAGAUGGGGGAGGCUAGAAUGGGAGAGGGGAUAAGAAUGGGGGAGAGAGACACCCCACUCAGGCUGUCACCUUUCCGAAUGCUUCGAGUGCUGGACUCAUGCCGUCCUCCAGGAAACCGUAUUGGUAUUGUUCAUGAGAAUGUGAAGAUGGGUUCAGAUGGGGAGAGCGACCAGGCAUCUGGGACGUCCUCUGAUGAGGUCCAGAGUCCAGUCAGGGUCCGUAUGAGGAACAACCACCAUCGACGCAUCUCUAAUGAGGACAUAAACAAACGUUUGUCUCUCCCAGCUGAUAUCAGGCUACCAGAGGGCUAUUUGGAGAAGUUUGCCAUGAACAGCCCGCCCUUUGACAAGCCCAUGAGCCGCAGGCUACGGCGCGCUUCAUUGUCUGAAAUCGGCUUUGGGAAACUUGAGACCUACAUCAAACUGGACAAAUUAGGGGAGGGGACCUAUGCUACAGUGUUUAAGGGGCGAAGCAAGUUAACAGACAACUUGGUAGCUCUGAAGGAGAUCCGACUGGAGCAUGAGGAGGGUGCGCCCUGCACAGCUAUCCGGGAAGUGUCUCUACUGAAAGACUUGAAGCACGCAAAUAUUGUCACUCUCCAUGACAUUAUCCACACUGACAAGUGCCUGACACUCGUGUUUGAGUACCUGGAAAAAGAUCUGAAGCAGUACAUGGAUGACUGCGGAAGCAUCAUGAGUGUUCACAAUGUCAAGAUAUUCCUAUUCCAGCUGUUAAGAGGUCUGGCGUACUGCCACAGAAGAAAGGUCCUCCACAGAGACCUUAAACCCCAGAACCUGCUCAUCAAUGAAAAAGGAGAGCUCAAACUGGCAGACUUUGGUUUGGCACGAGCAAAGUCUGUUCCUACAAAGACCUACUCCAAUGAAGUCGUGACAUUAUGGUACCGCCCACCAGAUGUGCUUCUCGGAACUACUGAGUACUCUACACCCAUUGAUAUGUGGGGUGUGGGCUGCAUCUUUUAUGAAAUGAUCACUGGCAGACCUCUCUUCCCUGGAUCAACUGUGGAGGAUGAGCUUCACCUCAUAUUCCGCAUCCUCGGUACUCCUACAGAAGAGACUUGGCCUGGUAUCACCACCAGUGAAGAGUUUAAGACGUACAAUUUCCCACGAUACCACGCCGAGCCCCUCGUCAACCACGCACCCAGGAUAGACAAUGAUGGUCACGACUUGCUCUCAAUGCUUCUACAGUUUGAGGCUAAGAGGCGGGUAUCAGCUGAGGAUGCUCUCAGACACUCGUAUUUCAAAUGUUUUGGGGAGCAGGUUCAAACACUGGCUGACACUGCAUCCAUCUUCUCUGUAAAAGGCAUUCAACUCCAGAAAGAUCCAGGGAAGAGAUCCUCAGUCCACCCAGAGUCAACGAUGGCUCAUAAGCUAGGCUCUGCACCCUCGCAGUACUUCCAGAGAGAAGCAGCCAAUCCCAGGGCUCAGAGUCACAAUCUGUCCUCCACUUCCACUGGCUGAGUGGCCCAUACCGUUCUGCCCAGGGGAAGAGCAGGAGGCAGAGUGUGUUGUUUUAGUGCUGGCGGGGGCGCUGAGGUGAGGAGGACAGUGACACGUGGAGCUGUCCUGUCAGACAUACAUUCACUGACCCUGCCACACACACACUGAAGGAGAGACACACAUCCUGCCACAUAAACAUACACACACACACACACACACACACACACACACACACACACACACA